GAUCACGCUACUAAUUAAAUUACUUUAAUUAAAAUUGGAUUAAAAUAUACCCCUCUACAAAAUCCUUGGGUGACGCCCGCGAAGAUCCAACUACGAUUUUUCGGUGCACAGGCGCGCCAAUAGAAAGAAAAUCGAUGAUUGUCGAUUUCUAGUUUAGUUGGUCACGAACUCAGAAAGAGGCAACACAUCGUCAUUACUUAGGUGACGGAGUUUGGGCAAAAUUGGGAAAAUAUAUAACUAAAAGACCUCGAACAUCAGCCAAUAACCCAUACUAAUAAUAAUCAAGCAGUAGUUAUAUCUGGAGACUUAUUUACAAGAAAGGAAAAAGGUUAUAAUACCGCCGAUGUGUUGCUUUGCUCAAAUUCCGUCCCGUAGCUACUUGUCACAUAGACACUUAGCCUAGUCAAUUUAUAUAGAUUGUAUCAUCAUUUAAUGUGCCAUCAUAUAAAUAUGUGCCAGUUACUGUAAGCAGCUAGGGUAUGGGUUACCCCUAGAGUUACUUUUGAUUGGAUUGGAUAGUACCUAUUUCACAACAUCCAGGAUUGGAUUUAUCACCACAGCAGCCCACUAGUUUUUGCCGUGCCAAGAGGAAAUUCAUUCCUAUCUGGACCUUUUUAAAUAGGACUUGUGGUUAAGAUAAGUUGUUUAAUCUUAUUAUUUACAUAUUUUGGGUACUCUAUAGUUGCUUGCACUGUAAACUUCUUGUAUGCAUACAAUUGAGGUAAACUAGGUACAUAUUUCUUGAUAGAUAGGGUUUUAGGUCGUUGGUUUUUUUUUUAAUUUAAUAGAAGUAGUAGUUUCCAAUAAAUAAAAUUAGGUCUUGUUCAAUAAUCAUUAUAAAUAAAAAUUGUAGCUUAAAAAUUUGAUCGGGAAGGGGUCGUUAAAGGUUUGUCGCGGAUUUCAAAUAGGGAAUAUGUCUUGUAGGUUUUUACAUUGUAUAUAAAGAGUAACUGACCAACUCAUUUAUACAACUCAUUUAUAUCACUCAUUUAUAUAACUCAUUUAUAUAACUCAUUUAUAUAACUCAUUAUAUAUUUACUUAUUAGUGUUUUUGCUAGGUGAGAUCUUUAUUAUUUUUGGUAACCGUAGCGUUCUUGUUGUGGAUCUCACUCUAGCGUAGUUCAAUUUAGGAAAUAAUUACUAACUUUUUAGUUGUAAGGACUUAGUGCUAUUCUGACGGACUUUUGCUUUGGAUUUUGAUUUUAAUACCUUUGCUUGGCCAGUGAUAGUGGAUAAUUGCUUGUUAAGUGGCCUUUGCGGUCCUAUUUGAUCUUUUCCCCAUCCACUAUCACUGUUAUCACGUUGCGUUAUAUGUAAAUUGUUAGUAUUUAACAUUUAUUAUUAAUAUAUUUGUAUGUAUUAAGGUUGGUGUUUUAUUUCAGUCUGUAUUACCAGUAUAUAACAUAGCAAGACAAGAUCAGUAUUUAGUAUUUUGUAUUUCAGGUGGUUGUAACCAGUGUCAUAGAGUUCCCGUUGUUCGUUACUUCAAAAUCUCGAACCUGUCCAACUUCUUGGUUGUGAGAGCCGAGUUGUUCGUUCGAGUUGGCGCCCUUUUUUCUUCUUCUUUCUUUGUUGUAACUCGAUAUUAUUUUAUCUCUAGCAUUCUGAUCUAUUUUCCUUCCAUUUUUGUAUUAACAGUCUCAUUUUCUUCCUAGUUACUAUCAUUUCAUUACCAAAUUUUCUUCUCAUAUCUCCAAAGCCAAUAUUCGGUAUAUUGAAGCUAGCCCGAAUACUCACUUGAGAUUUAGUGUCUCUCUGCCCUUUUAAUUUUUUUUUUCUCCUGAGCUAAGCCCCUCUUCUUGUCGUCUUAAAUCUCUUAUCAUUUAUUUUACCCAUCUUUAUUCAGUUCUUCUCUUCAAAAAUCUCUAUACCCAGAGUAAAGAGGUUUCAAUUGGCUAGACCCAACGUGUGGCUUCUUUUACAUUUUUGGCUGUAAAAAUAUUUUCUUUAACUUUUGGUUUUAUCUUGGUGGUUUCAGUGAUUGUGUUUUUAGAUUCUCACUUUAACGUUCAGUGUUGUACUUCAAUUUGGUUUUUUUUGGAGAUUAUCUUAUAUCUAUAUCUUGUAUAAACUUGUUUUGCUAUAGUAUACUGUGUUGACUGAAUAAAUCGCUUUGUUUUGAUUGGUUAAAGAACUAUUUUGGUAUUAAUAAUAAAUUAAAUUAAAAUUAAAAAUUUAAAUAUCUUGAAUUUAACAAUCUCAUCGAUGUUUACAAGUCCGGAGUAGCAUUAAUAGUGAAUCACUACCUUGAAUUAAAAGUAUUAUUCAAUUUUAGGUUUAUCGGGAGUGUAGCAGUACAUUUCAUCGGAUUUCACGACUGGACCAAACAAAUAAACAUUGCUGGUAUAGGUAUCGACUCAGAACAUUAACUUGAGGAUAGAGAGUAAGUUAAACUUUACCUACUUACAUUUUAUCUCAUUCUCGUGUUUACUUCCCAGUGGUGUGUAAUGGCAUCUUUUAAGGCAGAACAUCUGUCAACCCCUGAAUUGGAUUACGAGUUGAAAAUUCGUCAGUUAGCUGAUCCAUCGCUAACUACUGAUAGGGCUAAAGUUAUCGUUUUGACAGGUGCGUUAAAGCAAGCUUCAGCAAAUCGGAGUCAUGCUGUUCUGUCAGCUUUCCAACUAAAUUUUAGUGAUGAGGUCCGUGAAAUAGAAGCUACCCUUGCAGAUUUGAAGACCCAAAUUAGCUCUUUUGUUGGCUCCCAUAGUGAUGUUUUAUAUGGUCGCUUGACUUCCCGUUUAGGUCAUGUUUCAGGUAGGGUUCAUUUGUUAGAGUCAGUAACCGAGGAAGAGGAUGCCAUCAAGAAGUCUCUUAACUUCAAGAUACUUAAUCUGGAAGGAGAACUUGAGUUUAAAGUAACUCCACAGGCUCACUCCACUCCUCAUAACCCUAGUGUUUCGGUUAAUUCAUUUCCUUUCUUUAAGUCAGCUCCAAUUCAUAAAUGGGGUGUACAUUUUUCUGGUGGUUCGAAUGAAAAUGUUGUUAGUUUCUUAGAGAAAAUAGAAUGUCUGCGUCUAGCGCGUGGGAACAGUGAAGAUGAGUGCUUUUCAUCAGCAGGUGAUCUUUUUAAGGAUUCAGCCUUUACUUGGUACCUCAAUAAUCGAGGUAGUUUUACUUCAUGGCAAGAGUUAGUUGCCAAACUUAAGUCUGAUUUUCUUCCUUACAACUAUGAAGACAACUUAUUAGACGAAAUUAAAUCCCGGAAACAAGCUCCCCAGGAGAAAGUCACCAUCUUCAUCAAUGAAGUUGUCAGUUUGUGUAAACGUUUGGAAGUCCCUCUUUCUGAGUCCCAUAUAGUGAGAAUCAUUAAGAAAAAUUUGUUGCCGUCUUAUCAUCCUAGUCUGGCACUCACUGACAUUCUCUCGAUUGCUGACCUUACAGAAAAAUGUAAGAGGUUAGAAGAAGUUUUGUCAUGGUCUUCUGAACCUAUAUCUAGUGUCCCUAGUCGGUCAAGCGUUAGAAACAACGAAUCUUCCUAUUCUGGUAGGCCAAAUUAUUCCCGGUCUGGUAAUGUCGCUACUUUUAACUCCAGAAUUACCUGUUGGAAUUGUCGUCAGCCAGGACAUGGGUAUUUUGACUGUUCUGAACCGAGAGGGUUGUUUUGCUAUGGGUGUGGACAUCAAGGAGUCCGUAAGUUUGAGUGCGAAUUCUGUUCGGGAAACGACAGAAGGGGUGGGUCGUCUCCCCUGGCUCCCACUCCUCAUCAAAAUACAGGGAAUACCCUAGAAAAUCCUCAAAACCCAGGAAGCAGUUCCUCGAGUCAGGAGGCCCAUGCCUCAACCACCCAAACAUCCCAACCUCCACCGAAAGACAAAAGACCACGGAACGGCAGAUACCAACCGAAAAGAGGACGUUAGUUGACCAUGUCCUUUGUGAUUCUUCUGUAGUUUCUCCAAGUAAUCCCUUAUCUUCCCUCAUUGAUAUUGACAUUAAUUCAUUAUUAGUUAGAAAAAACAAGGAUAAUCGUCCAUACCUUGAAAUAUCUAUCUUAGGACAUUCUUAUUUAGCUUUACUGGACACAGGGUCCAAUAUCUCUAUUUUAGGUUCUUUAGGUCUGGAAUUUCUCCAGAAUUCUAAUGUUAAGAUAGGAAUGGAUGAGAGUUUGCAAGUGACUACAGCUGAUGGUCAGGUCCAACCAAUUUUAGGUCAGUUCACAACUGAGAUUUCUGUUAGUUCAUGUAAAAGGAUGAUUACAUUUUUUGUUAUACCUUCUGUUAAGAAUUCAGUUAUCCUAGGGAUGGAUUUUCUGAAAACUUUUAAUAGUGAAUUGAAUUUUUCUGAAUUUUCGUUAUCUGUCUCUUCUUUUAAUAUCUCUUGCGUUGAUGCAGGUAAAGAUAUGAGUAGACUUAAUGCUCAGGAGUUAGAGCAGUUGAAUAAUGUCAUCAGAUCCUUCUCUUCUAU